CGUCGAUCCAUGUGUUGCAUCGUUAGUUGUAUAGAAAUCCACUGUGUUUUGUCGUUUUUAUUUGUAAUACUAUUUCACCAUGCCUGGGUACGAGCUGGCGCUGAUUAUGAGAGUUAUGACGAGGCCGGGUGUAAUCGAAGGAGUAAAAAGAUCGAUAACCUCAAUAAUUGAAAGAGGAGGAAUCGUCAAGAAACUUGAAAAUCUCGGUGAAAAAAGACUACCGUACAGAAUGUUGGCACACACAGAAAGUUUCAGUCGAGGACAUUAUUUUGUCGUUGAGUUUGACUCUCCGCCCGAUGCCGUCAUAUCAAUGACAGAGUAUCUUCACAGAGACAUCGAUGUCAUACGACCGACCAUUCUGCGCAGAGAAACGGAGCGACAAACACCUCCCCCGUGCCGAGGUGCGCACAACAGCCUUUACAGACCUUCCACUCGACAUAUAAAAAAUCCAGGAAGAAUCAGGAGAGACGUUGAAGAGAAAAUUAAAGAGUUGUCAAAAUAGACGAUUAUAACUUUUUGUUCGAUGGGAUGCUGCCAGACUAAUGAACCCUGACGAUGAACACGAUUUGUUGAACAAUAGUUGUGCAACAGAGAUUUUAUCUUUUGUGAGAGAUUGCUUAACAUCACAAGUUCACAAGGCCUGAAGGCCACUUCACUAUUGGGGCAACGCUGAACUGAUUUGGGUUAGCCACUCGACUGUCUCAAGGCGCAUGUUGCCACCUACUCCUGGGGCCAAAACAGGGGUACCCCCUUCACAGUCCGUAAGGGGGUAAGCAUGGGUA